AAGCGUGGGGGCAUAGGCACUGUCACCGUGGAAUAAACAUUUCAGUUUGACAAGCACGUGGUGCAUAUUUCUGCCCGCAUUUCGCGUGCAGCGCGUGCUGGGUGACAGCUGAUAGGAGGUUGUGGGUACUCAGGCGCUAAUGCAAAGCCUGCCAGUACAUGUUUGCAAGAAGCGCUAGGCUUAUAUUGCUGGUGCCUUACCGGACGUCAAAGGCAUGGUCAUGCCGUCUGCAAUGGGGACGGUUUAUCCCAUGGGACAGACAAGUAACGGUGUGUGUGUCAUGUACAUUUCACACACAGAACCUGCUGAUGAAAUUGACGUCUAAAUAUACAUGUCUACGUGAGUGUCUGUCAGUCGCGGGAAUAUGUAUGUAAGCGAAUUUGUGUUGUGAAGUGGAAUAUUCUUUCAUAUAUUGUUCAAGGAAUGUGAGUUGCGAAACAUGCGAGUUUCAUUGAGAAUUGACGGACAGGUACUCGCUGCCAUGGUGAUUCAUUUCAGUGGAGACGCCGAAGAGUUUACACAUGUGUACUUCCCAACGACCCCCGUUAUACCGCGCCCUGUGUAAAUAUCAACCAGUGAUUGACAAAGCGUAACGGUAAUAUGACGUGACGAACCGAAAGCUGCUAUAAAGAGGGUGAUGUGAUUUUAGGAUACAAACAGCUUAUUGCAAAGUCUUCCAUGUGUUGUGUGUGACGUUGACUUUGUCUUCCAGGAUAAUAUUGUUGUGCUUUAUAGUAAGUAUUUAUUAAAUAUUUGAACAAGGAGUGUGAUAAUUCCUUUGAAUGUCAUGUAAGACAGCAAGUUAUGACCAGAUUAAUAUUUAUUGAAGUUGGAACAGUAUUGAUACAGUACUGAUACAAUAUUGCAUUUCUUGAAAGAAUUAAAACACAGUUUAUUAAAAAUGUUACACACUUAAAACAUUAUACAAAUUACAAGUAUAAUAAUCAUUAUACCACUGCGAAAUUUGAUAUUAUAUACAAAACUAGCCUUAUCAACAAUCGAAUGGAAAGCUUAUAUAUAUGCACAGGUAUUAACUCAGGCCACAUUUUAUUAUAUAUAACAUAUAUAACAUAUCUAACAGAUGAAAGGAAUUUUAAACAGCACUUAAAAUAUUUAUGAUGAAUACAAUGAAUAGCUAUCUUUCAUGAGUCAGAAAUAAGUCAGGGCGAGAUAUGCAAGGAAAUAUAUUUCAAUCUCUCAAAAGCCAAGAGAGUAAAUUUCUCAAAACUGAAUGUUUGUCGAGAGAUCUCCCUUUGUCUCAAAGGAUUGAGGUUGUUUCUUCAAGCUCAGCGAGACAGUGACUGUUUGCAUGGUAUUUUCCUUUCAACUUUGUCACUGUUAACCGUCAGAAAUUGAAACAAGCGAGCAGGCUGAAUUGUAUAUUGCACGUAUAUUUCAUGGUAGGUGACAUGUUGUAGUAUUUGUGACAAGGAGUGCUGUCAAUUACCCUAUUUUCCUUUGAUAAGGAUUGCAGAGACCCAUUCAGAUCUCAAGAGGGAUUAAUCCUAAAAGGCAUGCUUUAAGAAUGUCUGGUCAACAGUGCGUGGAAGUUAUUUGAUCAGGGAUUAAAUCUGGAUGGAUUAAGAUAUUUUUGGAUUUCAUGACUGGAUUAUGGAUUUAUAUGGAAUCAAUAUACCAUGUGAAAUACAUAUUGGUGAAGAGAGGAAGUAUUUUGUUUACAUUUUGGUGUAUUACAGAAUGUGAUUUACGUCUCUGAUAUCUCCACAAUAUCUACAUCUGUGAAAUGAACAGUUAUCAUUGUCAAAGACAGAUUUGACUAAUGUAUUUUUUGACAGGGCCAUGUUCUGAAGCUCUUGGUUGAAAUAGAUAUUUCAUUCCAUGCACUGUUUUAAGAAGCACAAAAGGUGAAAUAGACAACUAUCGCAAUGAAUGGUGCACUUCAAAGACGAUACUUCACCAACAGUCGUCAUAGUCUCCGAGAUGAGUACGAGCUGGAUUUCAGCGACCUGAGUCCAAGCCGAGCGUCAAGUCCGGCCAGCGCCAAGUCCGAGGGUCCAAGACACCACACUCGGAGACAAACCCAGGUUGAGGAAUACCGGCGGAAAGUUGCCAGGUUACGAAGCGAGCUGGACAUGGAAAAGGCUCGAAAUCGACAAGUUUACAAAGAAAAGAGUCGUGAAAUACGCACGUUACGAGAGACGUACAAAGAGGACAGGAGAUACGAACUGGACAUGCUCGAAUCAAAGCUUAAGGAUGAAAAAAAGAAAGAAAUGGGGCAACUGAGGGAACAGCUAUUGAAGGAAAAGGACCAGGAACUACAGCAGGUUCUCAAAUACAAAGAAGAGGAGGUUAAGAACCUGAAGACGAAAUUGACAAGCGACAAGAGUGAAACUGACAAUGCUAAAACUGAAAUGAACAAGACACCAACAAAAGUUGUAAAGUUGCCACGGGAUAUGGAUCUGUUACGUCGAAUGGAAGAAGAAAUUCAGAAAUUGAAAGACGAAAAUGCUUCUUGGGAGUCGAAAUAUAAAGAAAAGUGUGAAGAUCAGACCAGGAAGGAAAAAGAGUUUGGUAAGAUGAAGGAGGAUUAUGACACAGAACUACGCAGAAUUAUUUCAGAAUCGAAAAAAUUAGCGCUUGGGAAUUUGAAAAAGUUAAAAAGGGCUGAGAUAGCGCUGAGUGAAAGUAUGUUUUCAGAUGAUGAAAGUGUUUCCGUUGUGUCAGAGAAGUCAUCAUCAAGACGAUCACUUGUGAAUAUUGAGGACAACAUGUCAAGUACAAUGUCAUUGAACAAAACGUUGGAUAAGCAGUCGUCAGUUACAUCAGAUUCAGACCGGGAUGAGACAAAGCGGGAAGAGCGAGAGAAGGAGAAGUCAUUACAGAAGAAAGUAACUGAGUUACAAGGCCAGAUACAGAGGUUGGAGAGACGGAUCACUCUUCUCCGCACAGAGAACGAGACACUGAGAAAACAGAAAGAUGACCACAAACCACUGGAAGAAAAGAUCAAGGCCCUCAAGAAACGCAAUGCUGAGCUGGCAGCCAUUGCACGGAGGCUGGAGGAGAAGGCGAAACAUUUACAGCAAGAAAAUACAAAGAAAACAAAGGAAGAAGGUCUGCCCGAUUCGGACCAACUCAAACGACUUUUUGCUCGACAAAGAGCAAAAGACCUUGCAGAACACACCAAGAGCAUGUUGACGAAAGAUCGGGAGAUCGAGGAUCUACGCAAAAAGUGUCAGGAGCUUGCCGAUCAGCUCAGCAACGGAGAUUAUCUUAUACCUGAGAAUGCACAAGUAUAUGAAGAGAAAGAGGAGCUUGUCACGAUCAUCAAACAAGCGGCCAAAGAGAGGCUCCAGCUCGAACGCCAGGUGGCUAAAACUAAACCAGGGGAGGUGGUGCAACAAGGUGACCCCGAGAGAUCUCGCCAUGUGAAGGACCUCGAGGUCAGUAAUCAGGAACUUCAGCAGGAGGUCCAUGAGCUAGAGAAGUCAGUCCAGAGAACCAAGCAUUUGGAUGCUGACCUGAAACAGAAAGCGGAACAAUGUGAUAUUUUAAAGGCUAGCAUAGGAAAACAGAGAGAGCAUAAUCAAGAAUUAGAAACAGACCUCAAGACUUCAGAGGCCAGAAAUACUCAACUGACGUUUGAAGUAGCCGACCUCCACCACAGAUUGAAAGACUACGACAAGGUCAACGAGGAAUGCAGCACACUACGUCUUUCACUUGCGGAAGUCCAGCAGGAACGAGAGGUAGCCAAGGAGGACGUCUCUACGUUGCAGUACAAGGUUGAUAGCUUGGAGAUACUUGUCAGGGAUCUCCAGCUAUCAUCAGAGCAGCUUCACCAGUUGGACAAUGACUAUCAGGAAGCACUCCGAAAACUUGAGCACAAACAGAGUGAGAUUGACCGGCUGCAUGAGUCACAGGAAGAGGCAAAAAUAGAACACGAGACAGCAGUGAGGGAACUCCAGAUAAGAAUACAAGACCUAGAACGUCAGUGCCAGGUGCAUGAACACCGACAAGCUGACUUGAAGUCCGAACUUACAGCAAUUAAACAUGAAGCUCUGCAUCACAGAGCUCUAACCACUUCCACAGAAAUACAGACCGAGAGAACGCAACAUAUAUCUACUGGUACUGAUGCUCUCCCCUUGUUGCCUAGCAACAGUUAUAAUCGAAGAUCUUCCUCCAAUCAAAAUGGUCACUCAGUAGAGGAUCCCGUGGUCUCCUCCCAUUUCUCCCUCAGUGAGUCAACUGUAGGUUAUAUUCCAACCUCCGAAUCCAGCAAGUCUCUUGAUACAGGUUUCGCAGAGGAGGAAUUGGAAGAUGAUCUCAGUAGCAACAAUAAGUCCUCCCCAAACAAAAGCGAUUGUGAGGACCCUGAACUGAAUGAAAUCUCCAAAAAACUUAAAGAACUUGCCGCCUCAGAUUCGGAUGAUGACAAUCAAAAAUCUCUAGAAGAAAAAGAAGAUUCGGGAAUGGAAAGCAACCGAGGGUCAAAGAAUCAAAAUGAAAUUGCCCUUAGUGAAAGUCGCAUGUCCUCUCUGGCUAGGAAAGGCCCUAUUCAAGUCUACUGUGCUAAAUAUUCCUAUCGCCCCUAUGAGCACUCCCCCAACGACAACCCAGAUGCAGAGUUGCCGCUCAACGCUGGAGACUAUGUCCUGGUGCUGGGAGAGAUGGAUGAGGAUGGCUUUUUUGAGGGUGAGCUAGUUGAUGGACGACGGGGGCUGGUUCCGUCAAACUUCAUAGAGAAGGUAGCAGAAGAAGAUCUGUCGGACUUCCAUGCAGCUAUGGCUGUAGCUGGGCUCCCCACUGAUGAUAGUAUCGCCUCCAAUAGUCACCAGGACUUAGAGUUUAACAGUAGCGAUGAGAUUGAUAAGCUACGUUCUGAUCUUACAGAAGAUGGGCGACGUCGCCUUGAUGCCCAUGGUGAUCUCAGCAGCAUGGACCAUGUGGAUGGAACAAGGAACGCAGGUAGUAAAGCGAUGCCGUUUCCUCGGAACCUAUCCAUUGAUCGUCAACUGACCAAUAGCGUUCUGUUGAGCUGGAAACCACCAGAGCAGGCGUCCGGCCUAGAAGUCUCAUCGUAUCAUAUCUUCAUUGACAAAGAAUUCAAAACUUCCGUGCGAGGCAGCGAGAGAACGAAGGCACUAGUAGAAGGGGUUGAUUCAAGAGAUAUUCAUCGGAUCUCUGUGCGAUGCCUGUCUAACAAAGGCCAGUCAGUAGAUGCCCAAUGUACAGUUCUAGUUGGCAAAGAUGCCACGCCGACACCCUCCGAGUUGAAGAUAUCUGACAUCACUGCUAACUCUGCCACUGUUUCCUGGUUGCCUGGCAACAGCACCUACCAGCAUUCCAUAGCUGUGAACGGGAAGGAGGUCCGCGUCGUCAAACCCAGUGUUUGCAAACACACUCUUACAGGGCUGGCCCCUAAUGCAGUACACAAGGUGACGGUUCAAGCCAAGAGUCUGACAGCGACGUACGAGGAUGAGAAGAAUCAAAAGAGAAAGGAGAUGCUAUCAGCCAGCACUGAGUUUAAAACAGUAGCUGGAGGGCUUCCGGACCCACCCCUCAAUGUUCAAGUGGAGGCGGGGCCCCAGGAAGGCACCCUGCUCCUAACAUGGCUGCCAGUCACCAUCAACACAUCAGGGUUCUCAAACGGUGCCGUUGUCACGGGAUACGUGGUGUACGCAGAUGGGCACAGAGCUAAGGAGGCCAAGGGACCAACAAAUGACCACAUUGUGCUGGGUGCUGAAGAUUUCCAGGGCUUUAUACCAAAACAACUGACUGUACGAACUUUGACCGUUGAUCGGAAAGAGUCCGCAGACUCUAGUGUUGUUCGCCUUCCUCAUAAUUUAAUCAAAGAGGUCACCGCCAGAGCUGCCAAAACUGUUGCCAGCGAAGUUAUGUCAAGGUCAUCCCACAGGAGCUCCAAGUCCCCGACAGGAAAUAGUGAGAAUGCUGGGAAUGAUACUGAUGAGGAGAUUGAGGCUGCGUUUCGUGAAGCGCAGGAAGCUGGCGAGCAGCUGUCAAUGAGUCCAGAAAAUUCAAAUUACGCGGACCCGUACAUAGAAAGUAGCAGCUCAGAGCUCUCUGAUAUUCCUGAAGUGGAGGAGGAAUUGAUUGGUGCAGAGGAGACCAAUCAGAAUGCAGAUGUCUCAGGACAUUCCCUCUCAUUGGUUGCUCCCUAUACACAAGCAACCAAUCAGGCGGAUGACAGAAAAUCUCCGAAACCAGCACCAAGGAAGACCGGAGUGGUUGGAUUGUCACCCAACAGUGAUCCCUCAUUUCAAAGAGAGGAUACCCCUGGCAGUGAUAAACUUCUGCCUCUGCAGCGGAAAAUACCGGCUAUAGAAAUCACCCGUGAUAGCAGUACCGAGAGGGGAACUUCAUUUGAGGAUGAUUCUGAAAAUCUUCCGAAGAGGAGCUCAUCGUUUGAGCCGUCAGAGCAGCAGUCGGAGACUCCCCGGAACACCCCCCCUGUUGUAUCAAGGAGGAGAGUGUCGCCAGGACAGAACUUCAACGCUGAUUCAGACAAAAAGGAUUUCCGGGAUCGCAAAAUGACCACACCUACUUCUGCGGACUUUGACAGAUCACAUGAUCAUGGAUCACCAAGAGGUCAAACUCCGAUCAAGUCGAGACGAAUCAGUCCCCAAAGUCCCGGCUUCAGAGAAAACAGGAGUACUCCCAAUGAAAAUGGCCAUGACCUUGACUUUGAUGAGAAUGGAGACGUGGACUCAAUUUCAGGGGAGAUAAAUCCUCCCGUGGAUGACAACACAAUACGACUAUUUAUUGCCUUGUUUGAUUAUGAUCCUCAUGUGAUGUCACCAAAUAUGGAUGGUGCUGAUGAAGAACUGCCCUUCCGUGAAGGUCAAAUUAUUAAGAUAUAUGGUGAGAAGGAUGCAGAUGGUUUCUAUCGGGGCGAGUGCAAUGGCCACUUGGGUUAUGUCCCUUGCAACAUGGUGUCGGAAAUCCAUAUAGACGAUCCCGAACUUAUUGACCAACUGCUCAAAGAGAGUCAAGGAAAUCCAGUCAACAAGUCUCAGCUGCCACAAGACAAAGAUUAUCAUCCAAAGAUAGAGACGUCAAGUCACCGGACACUUAACGGCCUUCCUCCGAUCCUCCCGGACGAAGUCGGCAGGAGGAUGAUAGCCGUGUACGACUACGACCCCCAGGAGUUAUCACCUAAUGUGGAUUCAGAGCUCGAGCUGACUUUCAAAGCCGGUGACAUCAUAACAGUGUAUGGCGAAAUGGACGAAGAUGGGUUCUUUCGGGGCGAAAUGAACACCCGUCGUGGAUUUGUGCCGUCCAACUUCCUACAGGAGGCUACAGGACCACUCUCAGAUGACGAGGCGCUGGAGAGUGCCAGCAUGGUCUCUCCGUCUAGGUCAGGCGAGAGUAUUAGCGCGCUGUCUCGGAAUUCAGACGGAAUUGCAAAUACAACACGCUUGGACCCCCCCUCACCCCGGAGCGAACAUCUGAAACUGGAUCAUGUGAUAUCCCCGAGUCCUCGUGUUCCCCAAUCCAACCAGCUUCAAUCCGAAGAAGACAAACGCAAGAAAAAAGGAGGAAUUUUGAAUAAAGGAAAAAAUAUUUUCAAAAAACUAGCCAGAUAACAGUGACACAUGUGAGCUGUUACCACUAUCUCACCCAAGUGCGACAAAAGACGUUAUGAUAACGAUUUUGUAUUUUCCUCAGACGAAAAGUAUUCCCAAGAUGCUGUUUGAAGGUGUUGAAUGCAACCCGUUUGUCUCCUUGAUCGAACACCAGGACCCUGAAUCUGGAAUAAACAGUCUACUCGUGAGCAAUAGUGUCCAUAGUUGCUCGAUGAUGAUUAUGAUGAUGAUGAUGACGAUGAUCCUGAAACUGCGCGGAUAUGAUAUCAUAUGUCGUGAAGUAGCUUAAAGCUUAUAAUAAAACAAUUGAUCAGAUGGACACCCGUAUGCCGUGAGCCUGUAUUGAUGUAUCUGGACUUGUGCGAUGCUUGAAUUAAGUCAUAAUUUGCAUAUGCUCUAAAUGUAUAUCAAAAUGGCCAUUCCAGCAAGUGAUACUAUUUAUUUAUGAAGCAGCACCCUAGUUACAGUCGUCAUGGGAGAGAAAGGGUGAUAAAACUAGGAAAGAGGAAUGAAUUCCUUUGCAUUGCAUAGACUCUAGUACCUGGUUGGGGAAAGAGUUCCUUGAGACAGAUCAAGGUCCAGUCUUUCUUCCAUCUACCCCUUUAAACCUCAGAUCCAAAGAUUCAAGAGAUGUUGAUACAAUGUGCUAUGGAGCCUGGUCAGAAGACUUUUUUCAGUGUUGAGAACUGAACAGUCAAUAUUUAUAGGGAUAUCACUCUUCUAAGAGGAAAUAACCCUUUGUCCAAGGGAGAUCACUCUAACAAAGGGACAUAACCAUGCAGAAUCCAAGGGAGAUCACUUUAAGCAGGGGUCCUGAGGCCAAGAGGAGAUACAACUAAUGAUUUGAAGAGGAAUGUCCCAGAUUUGCCACUAGUACUUGACCAUUUAAGAGUGUUUGUUGUGGGCAAUGUGACUGUGAUAAUCCUAAUGUCUCAUAAUUUGAUGGUUGUAGUUAGAAACAACUUGAGAUAGCAGUAGGUAGAUAGCAGUUAGGCAUGGCUUUGUGAAGCCCUUUCAUGACAACAGUCAUCAGCUGUGCAGCCUUAGGAAAUGAUGUGCCAAUGAGAAACAUAUAUAAGAACAUUUACAUAUAUGUGGUAUGCUGCGAACUCCAAGGAUCAUAUUGGAAUAUUUUGGCACAUCUUGCCCAAUCAGUGUUAGGAGCUGAUAAUUUCAGCCAAUCGUAUUUGAAAGUGAAGAUGAACCGAUGACAUGCUGAAUAUUUUGGCUCAUCUCAGACAUUCAGUGCAAGGAGCUGACAAUUUCAGCCAAUCGUAUUUGAAAGUGAAGAUGAACCAAUGACAUGCUGAAUAUUUUGGCUCAUCUCAGACAUUCAGUGCAAGGAGCUGACAAUUUCAGCCAAGCGAUGUGAAAGUGUAGAUAAAACGGUGACAAGCGGAUGUCAGAUGAGAAUGGAACAUCUCAUGCUGAGAGGAUAAUUAGUUUUUUAUAAGGUAUCACACUGCACUGUGAUGUUAUGGAAAUAAGAAAACUAGUGGUUUGGAUGUGUAGAGAUUAUGUGACAUGUCAGACGAUAAAAUGGUAAAGUUCCAGUGAUUUGGGAUUGAAUAUAACAUGAUUAUUGUGUUGUUUGCAUGACUUCAGUGGCUGGUGAUUUCACACAGUGGAUACCUGUAGACAGUGAUGCAUUUUGUAACCUUGGUGUACAUGCACUGACAUAUGCAUGUAUAAUUAUAUCUAUAAAUAUAGAACCUGUAUUUAUUUUGUGUGACUAGAACUCUUAUUUAUUGUUGACAAGUAGUGCAGACUGCAGAGUACUAUGUUUCAGUAAGGAUUCCGUAUGUUAUGUAGUGCUGGAACAAUGCAAGGGUGUUGGGGUAGCCCAGUGGUUACAGCAUUCACUCGUCACACUGAAGACCUGGGUUCGAUUUCCCCUCGGGUAAAAUGUGUGAGGCCAUUUCAGGUGUCCCUGCUGUGAUAUUGCUGGAUUAUUGCUAAAAGCAUCAUUUUUUUAUUCAGAUACGACACAUAUGAAAGAUUCCAUAAAGGCAAGAUAAUUUUUUAAAAUUCAAACUUCCUGACAGAUCCUCAAAGAAAGGAAAGAAAAGUUUAAAAAAAAAAUACAUUUGUUUGCUAGACAUACUAGAUGUCCUACAAAAAGAAUAUGUGUAGUAGAAAAUGUGGGAGAAAUAUAUUGUAUGUCUUAAAGCACCAAUCAAAGUAAAUAUUCCAUCUGUAACACCAUUCCGUGGCCUCUCCUUCCCCGCCCAGAAAAUAACAUCAGGGUGCCGUUCCACGAAGCAAUUUUAGCACUGCGAUUAUCGUAAGCCUGUGUUAAAGUAUGGGAGUUGUGAUCACCUUAGUUUUAAAACCGCUUUGUGGAACGGGACCCAGAUGUUGAUUUAGCACAACUAUCAUAAGCCUAAUUCUAAAAUAUGGAAGAUGCAAUCAUCUUAUCUUUAAGAUAAGAACAGGACCUUCAAGAUCCCCGUUGCACAGAGAGAUCUUUGUGCUACAACAAUCGUAAGCCUUUGUUAAAGUAUGGCUUACGAUUUUUGUAGCACAAAGGUCACCUUAUGCUAAGAUAUACUUGUUCCCUUGUGAGAUUGUAGCUUCAAUGGAAUGUUUCAGCCUUAUGUUAUGUAAGCAUGACUAUCAGACUGUGUUAAGUACCUUAUUUUCUUGAGUAUAAUACACACCCAAGUAUAAUGAGUAACCCCCUCUAGCGGAUUCAGUAUUUUGGCGAAAAAAUUUUUUUGUAUAUUAUGGGCAGAAAAAAGUUACACCAUACCCCUUCAGUGAAUUCCAGUAAAAAAACGGGUGAUAAGAAACUUGGUCAGUACAAAUUUGAAAUUUGAGAUAAAAAAUCACCAGACAUGUUGAUUUACCAUUUAAAUUGUAUUUUUUGUUCUGCUAGGCAUUGUUUUACAUUGGAUUAAGAUUACCUUGUGCAUUUUCUCGUUAACUAAGCUGUACACACGUUUUCUUGGCAUCUACCGGUCAUUCAGUUAAGUCCAGAUAUACACUGAACACUUUUUAUAACCAGACAGUGUAAUUAUGUGAUUAAUUUGUGUACUUCAGUAUGGAUUUGUUGACAUUGUAUUUCCGGUGUGACGUGCACAAGGUAAUGUCUUUGCAUUGGGGGAAAAAAAACAUCAAAACUCAUUAUGGCGUGUAUAAUGCGCACCCCUUCCAACCAGCUGUAUUUUUUGGAAAAAAAGUGUGCACUAUACUCAAGAAAAUACAGCACUAGUUUGAGACUGUGUUAAAUUUCCUCCUUAACAUGUUCCUCCUUAAAAUGUGAAAAUAGCUGCGGUCUUAAUGGAUGGAUGAGCCUCAAUUUGCCACCUGAUCAGUAUUUAAUUUGUGUAGAUUUAAAUUUAAAUGGCCAAGUUGUUUUUCCCUUCAUUAGGAUAUGAUAGGAAGGAAAGAGGUUCUUGUCAUGUGGGGGGCGCGGGUGGCCCAGUCGUCUAAGGCGCCACGAUUCGCUGUGCAGAGUUGCGCCCCUUGGGCAGAAACCAAUGAUUGUGGGUUCGAACCCCGGUUUUGCCCCGAUUAUGUUUCUAGGUUUGU